GUUUUUCAUGAACAAAAUUCAUUCCUUUUUAUGUUUGUCCAUUUGGGGUUUUCUUAAAGUUGCUAACUUUGAACCAAAAAGGUGUUUUUUUAGGGAUUGAUUGAAACUGUGGAUGGGUGAAGAGGAAGGGAUAAAGCACAGUUUUGUCAAAGACAGUCCUAAACUAACAGUUAUUCCACUAAUUGCUUUGAUAUUCUAUGAGGUAUCUGGGGGUCCUUUUGGCAUAGAAGAUUCAGUGAGGGCGGGAGGUGGCCCUCUUUUGUCAUUGCUUGGUUUCAUGAUAUUCCCUUUGAUUUGGAAUCCAGAGGCUCUAAUCACAGCGGAAUUAUCCACAACCUUCCCAAAUGGAGGUUAUGUUACUUGGAUAUCGGCAGCUUUUGGUCCCUUUUGGGGUUUCCAAGAAGGUUUAUGGAAAUGGUUUAGUGGUGUAAUGGACAAUGCUUUAUACCCUGUGUUGUUCCUUGAUUACUUGAAGCAUUCAUUUCCAGUAUUUAACCACUUGGCUGCUAGGGUUCCAGCUCUUUUAGGCAUCACAGUUUCACUAACAUAUUUGAACUAUAGAGGGCUACACAUUGUGGGGUUUUCAGCUGUUUCCCUUGCUGCCUUCUCACUUUUCCCUUUCCUUGUAAUGGGGAUCAUUUCAAUACCUAGGUUAAAGCCUAGGCAAUGGCUUGUUGUGGACUUUGAGAGGGUGGAUUGGAGGGGUUACUUCAAUAGUAUGUUUUGGAAUCUGAAUUAUUGGGACAAGGCGAGUACGCUGGCCGGGGAGGUCAAGAAUCCGAGCAAGACAUUCCCCAAGGCACUUCUCGGGGCGGUGAUUUUGGUGGUUUUGUCGUACUUGAUUCCGCUUCUUGCCGGGACGGGGUCUUUGAGUUCUUCUUAUAGUGAAUGGACUGAUGGGUAUUUUGCUGAAGUUGGGAUGUUGAUAGGAGGUUUUUGGCUCAAAUGGUGGAUUCAAGCAGCUGCUGCAAUGUCUAAUUUAGGGUUGUUUGAAGCUGAGAUGAGUGCAGAUGCUUUCCAACUGCUUGGAAUGAGUGAAAUGGGAAUGCUCCCAACCAUCUUUGGUUCAAGGUCAAAAUAUGGGACACCAACUGUCAGCAUCUUGUUCUCGGCCACUGGAGUCAUUUUCUUGUCAUGGAUGAGCUUCCAAGAGAUUCUGGAAUUCCUCAACUUCCUCUACUCGAUCGGAAUGCUUCUCGAAUUCGCUGCAUUCAUAAAACUGAGAAUCAAAAAGCCAGAUCUUCAUAGGCCUUACAGGGUCCCUUUGCAAACAUUUGGUGCAACAAUGCUUUGCCUGCCCCCUGCUCUUUUGCUUGUUCUUGUCAUGUGCCUAGCUUCUGUAAAAACAUUCAUCGUGAGCGGUAUAGUUAUCAUCAUCGGGAUCUUGAUGUACCCUGUGUUAGUUCAUGCAAAAAAUAGGAAAUGGACUCACUUUGAUGACACAGAACAUCAAGUAUUGCCUUUAGAUAAUCCGGACGUGGCCCGACCAAGCCUGGAAUUUUCGGAUGAAGCCUCAGCUAGUCUUCUUCCGGUUCUAGACCAAGAAGUCUCCCAAACUUUACCUGAUGAAGCUCUAAAGUUAGAGUAGGAUCUCCUUUUUAUACUUCCUGUACUACAAUUCAUGGUAUGUAAUAAUGCAUAUUCUCAUCAAUGGAAUGCACACAACAAUACCAAAUGAAUCUAAAUUCAUGU